AUGGUCAAACGUAAGCCUAGCUCAUCACAUGUACCGCUAGUCCGUGACGUUAUGAACGACUCAGAAUUUCCGAAGUUGAAUGACAUGGCUUUCUCUGCACUGACCACUAAAAUCGAACAAAAUUUAGAAAAACAAAAAUCAGAACAAAGUCAAAAAGAUAGAUUAAAAAUAUUACCGUCCAACAGAGAACUCAAGAAUGAAACACUCAAGAAGAAAAUGAAAAAUAAAAAAACAAAGCGUGAUGCGAGACAACCAGAGCUCACCAAGGCAACUAAAAGAGGAUUAGAAGAUUGUACAAAGAGCCCCGGUAAAAGACAAAAAAGUGAACAGAGUCAGGUUGAAAUCGAGGAGCUGGACUCAAAAGAUAUACUUCUGAAUGAGAUAAUUGCUCUCGGUGGCACUCAUGAAGAUCUUGAGCUUGUCAGGAAUGUUAUUUCUGACGAUGAAGGAAUGGUAACAGAACCAGCGAAUCAAUCCCAUGUUGAUAAAUCAUUCAACAAAGUGCUUGCCAAGUUUGUCGCUGGUCUAGAAAUUCAACAGUAUUAUGACGAACCCGAAAACGAUACACCCAAAAACGAACCGGAAGAUGAAGAAAGAGAAAAUAAUACGAUUUCAUAUUCGCUGAACAAAGAUCCAAAAUCCACAAGAAAUUCAAACCCCUCGAUAUCAGCUCGUGAUGUUCCUAAAAAUGAUCAUAAUCGUCUAAUCUUUGAAGCACGACCUGAUUGGCACACUGCCCCGCUGCCCACACUUCCACCAUCUAUAGCACAAGACAUGACCAUUCAUACAGAUUCAAUAUCGAGCUUAAAGAAAUAUGCCGACUCUUUGUUAGAAGCUGAAAACCAAUUGUACACUUCGAAGAAUCUCUCAUCGUCUUCAUCGCACAGAUUUCUUUCAACUAUUAUGACCUCAGGAACUCUAUCUGACAAAAUCUCGGCAUUAACCUUAGUCAUACAAGAAUCACCCGUUCACACGACAAAAUCAUUUGAGAGUCUAAUUGCCCUAGCUAAAAAGCGGAGCCGUGGGCAAGCAGUAACUGCUUUAGCUGCUUUAAAAGAUCUUCUCGGUACUGGGGCUGUAUUACCAUCUGAUAGGCGCCUCAGAAAAUUUGAAUGUCAGCCUGGACUUCUUAGCACCCUCUCUAAACAUUGCAGAUCUAGCUGGAAAGCAGGACAAAAUCUACCAGGGGACAUAUCGAAGGCUCAUUUAAUUUCCUGGGCAUAUGAAGACUGGCUUAAGCAAUCUUACUUUGAAAUACUCAAAAUUUUAGAGAACUGGUGUAACGACGAGGUAGAGUAUGCAAGAUCACGAGUUGUUACCUACAUCUACGAACUUUUAAAGGAUAAACCUGAACAGGAAGCAAACCUUCUCCGACUAUUAGUCAACAAGCUUGGAGACCCAAACAAAAAAAUAUCUUCUCGUGCAUCCUAUCUCAUUCUCCAACUACAGAUCUAUCAUCCUUUCAUGAAGCCAAUUAUUAUUCGAUCUAUUGAAACUGAGCUUUUACUGCGUCCUGGUCAGAGUAUGCACGCUAGGUACUAUGCAAUUAAUACCUUAAACCAAACAAUUUUAAGUGCCAAGGAAGAAAAUGUUGCCAAAGAACUCCUCAAAAUCUAUUUCGAGCAGUUUGUUACUGCAUUAAUGAAACCUGAUAUCCAAAUGUCCUCCACAGUACCUGCGCCAGUGGUCAACCGCAAGGGACAAGUUCAAGGUGGUGGUGGUCAGAUGGGAAAGAAAGCAAAAGCGAAGUUGGCUAAAGAGAUGGAUUCCAACUUGGCAAGCGAAUCAAAAGAGAAGAUGAUAUCAGCUAUUUUGACUGGUGUCAACCGAGCCUUUCCAUUCUCCAAGUCUGACAGUGUUUUAGAUAGCCACAUGGAUACCCUAUUCAGGAUUACACACUCUUCGAACUUCAACACCAGUAUUCAGGCUUUAGUGCUCAUACAACAGCUAGCUACGAAAAAAAGUCUUUCGCUUGACCGCUUUUAUAGAACACUUUAUGAAUCACUUCUUGAUCCACGUCUUAUCAACUCUUCCAAGCACGCCAUGUACCUUAAUCUACUUUACAAAUCGCUCCAAGCAGACACAGAUAUCAAGCGAGUGAAGGCCUUCGCCAAACGCAUGAUGCAGGUCAUUACUUUGCACCAACCUUCCUUUAUAUGUGGAAUACUUUUUCUGUUGAAAGAAAUUGAGACAAAUUUUCCCGGCAUUAAAUCACUUUGCACAGAUCCAGAAGAUGACGACAAUGGCGAGGAAUCUUACCACGAUGUGGCUGACGAAAGAAAUAUAACCCAGCAAGAUCAAAAGUCUUCCGCUACAAAAAAAUACGAUGGUAAAAAAAGAGAUCCACAAUAUAGCUUUGCUGAAAAUAGUUGCCUGUGGGAGAUUAUUCCCUUCAUCUCACAUUUUCACCCCUCGGUCUCCCUUUUCGCAUCAUCUCUCCUUUACGAUGGAAAAGCACCGCCAAAACCGCAACUUGCAUCACAUACACUCUCGAGUUUCCUUGAUCGCUUUGUUUAUCGUAAUGCUAAAUCGGCUUCGAGCGGACCAAAGGGAAGCUCGAUCAUGCAACCCCUCGCUGGAAGUGAAAACAACGCUCUACUUAUAUCUAGUAAACUUGACAACCAUGCGCAGCUACCCCUAAAUCAUGACGCCUUUUGGCAAAAGAAAAUUGAAGACGUCGCUGUUGAUGAAGUUUUCUUUCACAAAUACUUUAGGCAAAUUGGAAAACACAAACAACCUAAUAACAAGAAGACUCGGAAAGACAUGGUGGUUGAUAAUAGUGACGGAGAUGAAGAUCAAAUAUGGCAAGCAUUGGUGAAGUCCCAGCCUGAUAUGGAAGGCAUUGAAAGUGAUGUCGAUAUGAGUGAGAUUGAUGAAUCAGAUGAUCAAGGUUCCUCAUCUGAACUUGAACUCGGAGAUAAUUUAGAAGACUCGUCAGAAAGCGAAUCCAUCUAUGAUGAAAAGCAAGCAGUCUCUAGCGAUGCUGACUCCGUUGAGAUGAAUGGUCUGUUUAAUCAGGAGCUUAAAGCAGGGGCUCAAGAAGCAAUAAAGUCAUCUAGCAGAAACAGUAAAACGAAAAGAAAGAUGAUGAAAAAUCUUCCCACAUUCGCUUCGAUGGAGGAGUAUGCAGAAGUAUUGGACGAUGAUGACGAAAACGAUGAAGAUUUUGGGGAAUCGUAA